AUGUCAGGUCUAAGAAAGGAGCCUUUGGUAGAGAAAAAAAUCCAAAUGGAAAAUAUUCUAGAGGAGAGGAACAGCAAGCUGUCACAGCUGUUUUGGCUGUCACGACUUAAUGAGAUGAAAGGAAGUGCAGACAUGGAAUCUCUAAAAAGUGAAUUAAAUGAUUUUUUAAUGCGAAAUGAUCUGAGGAAGAACGUACCGUUUGAAGUUUCGAAUUUACCAGUAUAUAAACCUCAAGAGCCUCAGCUGGAUAAGAGGCCUGUGCGAAGCAAAAGUAUCACACCGUCUGAAAAUGGAAGCCAUAAGAAGAAAGAUGAGAAUUUGUCAGCGAUUGAUCCGGAAAAUAGAAAACGUACGCGUGAUUCACAAAUGACUGAAGAGAGUAGUGUUGCUGAAAAGUCUCUAGAACCCCCUCUAAAACAACAGAAAAAGAUUUUAGAUGGGUUUCUUGUUCCACAGACAGUACAGGCUACCAAUGGCAAGGAGAUUGGCAUUACAGGUAAUAUGCCUCAUGGUGAUGUGUUACGGACAUCAUCUGAACCUGCAGGGAAUGUACCGAGUGUGAACGCACAACAGGUUUCUCCUACAUAUAAUUUAGACAUUUUAAAUCUGCAUGUGAAGCCUACUGAAGUUGAGACGAAGAAGAAGCAGAAUCCCAUAAUUGAGGAGAUCAGAAAAGGCAAACAUCAGCAGUCUCAAGAUCUGUUUAAGGAAUCUGAGGUAAACAAGGAUUCAGUUUAUCUCGUUAUGGAUGAAAACAUACCGACAAAACUUCCUCAGGCAGUGCCGUUGGCGGAGCUGAAGUAUGUUUCUCAAACAUUACCGUUAAUUAGACUAAUUCCAUCCACUCAUAAGGUCCUAACCACCGAUCUCUAUAAUACUGCGUUAAAUGAAGGGCGUAUAACCGUGGUGUCAUCCCGUAUUGAGGAGUUACGAAGGUUAAACCUAUGGUCCCUACGGCAGCCGAAAAAGUUCAUUGACCCAUGGGCAUCAUUGAAAGCAGGCACUCAUCAUAAUAUAAUGUUAAGUGAAGCAAAAUGGAUGCGAGAAGAUUUUAAUGAAUCUAAAAAGUUCAAAAUAGCCAUGUGUGCUUUGAUUGCAGAAGCUGUUAAAGACUAUUGGAAAUAUGGCAAGGUCUGUUUGGUUAAAAGGAAGAUGCAUUCAUCGGCAGCUUCAGAGGAAACUGAUAAACCUGUCACUUCGAAAGACAUAGCUGGCAAUAACGAGGACAACACGGAUGCUGGUAAACAUGGAUUACCUUGUGAUGAUAAUGACCCACAGAGUAUUGAUACUACAUUAUUAUUUGAGAAACCGGACCCGAAUAAGGAAGUUAUGCUCCCUGAUUUACCACAAAUAACAGAGGAAGAAUACAAGCAGAAUGUAAAGCCACCAAUUUUUAAAAUAUUUUUGACAAGCUCGGAUAUUUCUCCUUUGGAGAAAAUGGUAUUGCAAAACGCUACUCCCUAUUCAGGUUUAGAAGGAGAGAAGGAUAAGCAGGAGGAGGUACCUUUCGUUCCAAUAUCAAAGUCUACCGUUAUUCUGGACAAUGAUAAAUUUUUGAAGCUAGUUGAAAAGCAAAUAAUUGAUGAAGAACCGUCACUAGUCGCGCUUUCGAAGAGAAGGGGAAUGUUUUAUGGAAAUCGAAGAAGUCAUUAUCUAAAGCCGCCAGUGGCUCCUGCAUUGCGUUAUUUAAAGUUCAGAACACCUACGAUAUGGUCUCCUGAUGAUGACCAGGAGCUGGUGAAAAACAUUAACCAGUAUGCAUAUAAUUGGGAGCUGAUUAGUUCACAAAUGUCCUCUCAAAACACAAGAUCUUAUGUGUCCAACAUUGAGCGUAGAACUCCCUGGCAAUGUUUUGAGAGAUUUGUACAGCUUAAUGAGAGGUUCUCCAUUCACGAUAUGAAGGGCCCUCGCGCCCAUGCUGCUCAAGUCUGGUUGCAUGAGGCGCACAAAUUGCAACAGCAGCAGAAGCGGCGCAUUUCGCCCUUAGGAGUUGGGCCGGAAUCAAUUCAGCGCGGUCAUAGAAGGUUACGUUGGGCUAGUAUGUUUGAGGCAAUGAGGAAGAACAUCAAGAAACGAGAAAAUGCACCAAGGCCUAAUCCUUCACAGCCAAGAAAACCGCUGGAUGUAAAAAGUAUGGUAGUUCCAACCCCAGCAGAAAUAUCGGAAUUAAAAGCUCAGCGAGAUGAAACGCUGCGCCGUGAAGGUCAACUACGCCGUGCAGCUAAACAGAGGAUUGAAUUAGCGCAAAUACAACAGCAGCAACAGGAGCAACCGCAACAGUUAUCUGAGCAGACGAAUAUUCGCUCUAGAAUAUCUUCGAGCGCUCCCGGGACGAAAGAACUUAACAAUGAUAAUAAGGCAGUUAUGACGCCAAGACAAACACAAAGUUCUCCUAUAACUGAUGAUAGAUCCCAACUAACAAUCCAGACCCCUCGCCAAAGUAAAUCCAAAUCAGAGUCAGAACAAGAUGUUAUUGAAAGAUAUGCAAACAAGAUUAUGGCGCAGAGGCCUGAAUUAACUCAAGACAUUGCAUUAAAGGCCGCAGAAAAUUAUUACAAGAAUGUGAACCUUAAGCAUCAACAGCAACAAACCUUUGCUAAGCAAGCUGUGUCGCAAUCUAAUACCUCUUUAUCCACGAACGCAGGUUCCGCUUCGAACGGUGUAGCGAACAAGAUUAGGUCACCAACCCCACAAGAGAUCUUGCAGAGAAUUCAACAAAAACAAAACGAUUCAUGA